AUGCUGUGUGCCAAAGCAUACAUUGCCAGCCCAUGGACGUCAAGCCGACGCCCAACCCCAAGCUCAGUAACACCUGCAAUACUAGACCUCGGAAAUACAGUCGUCAAUGUCAAAGGCCGUGAGAUUGGUCUUGAUAUGUGGGAUAUCGGUACGGCGGGGGAUUUGAGUAAGGCGAAAAAGCAAGAAAUGUUGCGUCGUGGUUUCUAUGGGAACACCCAUGUGCUGUUGAUCUGUGUCGACAUCAACAAGUCUAAGAAAUUCGUAGACACAGCGUGCAAAUGUAACGCAAAAGCUGAAAAGCAUCUUCCUGGUGUGCCAAGAGUACUUGUCGGAUACAAGAACGACCGCCUGAGCAUGUCAAAGCGCACAAGUUUGAAAUCUCAACCCAUAGUGCCCUUUGCUGCUUCAUGGGGUCACGAGUUGGCAGAGAGGAUAGGUGCGUUGGCAUACUUUGAGGUAUCAGAAUCCGAAGCCCAAGGCCGAUGGGAUCUGCUGGAUUUUGUUGGAGCAUAUAUGUUGAGACAUAUAAGAUAA